AUGUCAGAGAGCGAAUCCAGUGAACACGCUCAAGGCUUUGUCUUGGUCGACCGCAAGGAUGCGCAAGACCCAGCUCUGAACAAAUUAAAAGUUUGGUUGAAUCCAACGGACUCAGAUUCUCCUGCCAGUGAAUACAGAAAACAUCUCCACUCUCACGCCGCGGGAACGGGCGAAUGGAUUUUCGAGACUCAACAGUACCGCGAUUGGAGCCAGUCAGACACGGUCGGUAAUCUUUGGAUCAGGGGAAUUCCUGGCUGCGGCAAGUCUGUCGUUGCUGCUAGCUUAAUAAGUCGUCUUCAACGCCUUGACACUCCUUCAGUGCCUGUCUUGUUCUUCUUCUUCAGAGAAAUCAUUCAAACCAAUCGAUCUCCACAGUCGCUAGUGCAGGACUUUUGCCACAAACUGAUUGAUCACUCCCCGUUAAUACAAGCGAAUUUGAAGAAAUUGCGAAAAGACUUCCCAGAUGAGCUUCCAUUUGACAAAAUAUGGGAGGCAUUGUCAACAGCUGUGCGGGCGAUGGAGAAGAUUUACUGCGUGGUUGAUGCACUGGAUGAGAUGGAACUUGGGCAUGACCAAUGGCUUGAGAAUUUCCUCAACUUAGGGCGCCAGUUCCCUCAAUCGAUCAAGACCAUCGUCACAAGUCGGCAGGUUCCUCAUGUGGAGAAGCACAUGUUCAAAACCCAUCUCGUUGAUCUGCGUCUAGAUCGUCGACGAGUAGAUCGUGACAUCUCGAUAUAUGUCUCGAAGCGCUUAGAAAAUUCGCAGUUGAACCUUCCACCGGGGGACACCGAGAUGAUAAUGACUGCGAUCUGUGAAAGAGGAAACGGUCUCUUUUUGUAUGCAAGGCUCAUGCUCGAUGAACUGCUGCGAAAUCCAGAGGACCUCCAAUCGCGUGUGCACAACCUUCCUCACGGAUUAGGUGAUAUGUAUAGCGAUAUCCUUCGCGAGAAUGCUGCGAGCUCCGGAAUAUCUAGCGACUUGCAGAGGCUGAUCCUGGAAUGGAUUACUCAUUCAGCAAGGCCACUUCGCCUUUUAGAGCUUGCAGCCAUGAUUGAAGCCUCGCCGGAACGCAUCUAUUUUGGCUCGGACGUGAAACUUGCAAUCAAGACUUCUUGUGGGCCACUUCUCGAAAUUUGCGAGGAUGGAGUCGUUCAGAUUAUCCACCACUCACUCACAGAGUUUAUUCUCAAUCGAGACGUCGAGCACAUUGCAAUGAACCAUCAAAACCGGGAAUUUGCAAUAAUUGAUUCUCAAGCUGUCCACAGGAAAAUUGCACACACGUGCAUGGACUACCUCACCAGUGGCUGCUUCCAGCAGUGGAAGCUCACCAAGUAUCGAGUUUACGAGCCAAAAGAGCGCCAAUCGCUCUACUUGCAAUUUUACUUUCUUCGAUAUGCUACUCUGGAAUGGCCACUGCAUGUGGCCAAAGCAGGAGAUGAUCUGGAACUCCUGGAAAGACUUGGUGAAUUUUGUCGAGACGGAAACCACGACUACGAAGCGUGGAAUGACCUUUGGCGUGCCGGUCAAGGGGAAGACGUACCUCAGCGCUGCUCGGCUCUCCAUGUUGCUGCCUAUACUGGGCUCUCCAGCUUGGCUCAGUACCUUCUGUCUCAAGGGGCAGACCCGGGUUCAAAGGAUGAUGACGGUCGCACGCCCUUGAUGUAUGCUGUGAUGAAGAACCACGACAAGGUUGUAAGCAUUUUGUUGCGAAACAACGCUAGUCAUGACAAGGUCGUUACGGGCAGAUAUGCCUCUAGGAAGCACUCCUUACUUUACUAUGCGUGCAAGCUGAACCAUACUCCGGUCGUACGCGCCCUGAUCAAUGGAGGCGUGGAUCCAAUGGCGAAAGAGAAUGACUUAGGAACAUCACGAACUACCUACUGUGAAAUUAUUGAGAAGACCUUGGUCUAUGGUGUGCGGUUUCAAAUCUCGGCUCUUGGGUGUGCCUGUCAAAACGGACAUGUUGAAGCAGUCCGUGAGCUGAUGAAGCACAUUAGCCCCGUGAAUCUUUGUGCAGGCAAUCUUCACUUGGCUGCCAGGGCAGGUAAAGCUGAAACUGUUGCAGCUUUGCUGGAAAAUGAGCAUGUCCGAUUGACUAUUAAUGAUCGUGACUCGGAUGGUAACACACCACUGUAUCUGGCAGCCUGCAUACGCAGUGCUUCGACGAUCCGAGUUUUGCUAGACCAUGGUGCUGAUGUUGCAGUUCGAUCUCUGAACCGCAAUAGCCCUCCAGAGCCACCAGCGGGCAUGGACCCUCGCCUCAACUUUGAAGCUUCUCCAAGCUAUACACCUUUACAUGGUUGGUGUAUCGGGUUUCCACGAGAUGAAUAUGAAUUUCUCGAAGGCCAGGACAUGAUUCCCGCCUUGGAUUUAUUACUUCAGGCAGGUUGCGAUAUCAAUGCCAAGGACUAUAGGGGACGCACUACUCUCUUUGGAUGGCCUCAUCUGCACUGGGCAGACCUGUCUGCUGGCGAAUUUGUUGCCGCUCUUCUUGACCGUGGUGCCGAUGCGACUGUGGUCGAUGACGAGGGGCAAACCCCUCUCCACAGUCUAAACGCGAGGCCUUUUGAAAAAGCACUCCGACUGCUCAUCAAUGCUGGGGUCGAUAUCAAUGCCCAGCGAAAGAAAGAUGGUUUGACAGCCUUGAUGUGCACUGCCCUGAUGCAGAACCAUACCGACCCAGCCGUAUUUCACGAAUUGAAAGCGGAUUUUGACCUUCAGGAUUGGGAAGGAAAUACGGCAUUCCACCACUAUUUUAGAAGGAAUCCAGCUGGAAAGGACUGCUACCUUGAGACCUGGUUAUCUUUCUCGAAUUUACAAAUACAAAAUAGUCUCGGAAGAGUGCCAUUGCACGAGUUCAUGUAUCGGCAAGGUGGGUAUGUCGACAUGAAGAAAAAGGAGCUCCAGCCAUUGUUUGAAAUGGUCAAACGUGGUGUCUCACUGGAAAGCAAGGACAGGCUUGGACGUACGGCAUUGUUGAUUGCACUGGUGGACACCAAAGGAACUUCCUUGCAAUUUAUCGAAGAGCUGCUCAAGCUCGGCGCAAAUGCUCAAGCAGUAGAUUAUCGAGGAAAGUCCGCUCUACAUUAUGCUUUCAAGCCAUUCCAGAAGAAUCACGCCUCAAAAGAUGAAUCCGUCAACAUAAUCCGCUGCCUGAUCGAAGCAGGCGCAAAUUUACAGGCAAUUGACCACGAGGGAAACACCACUUUCCACGACAUGAUCGGCCAUCAACCGACCAACUUGUAUGAUAGUUGGCCUCGGAUGGAGAAGCGCGCCCUCCAGGCAAUCGAGAUGGGUGUACCUUAUCAACAAGCUAACUCCCAAGGCAGAGCCGCUUUGCAUGUUGCAGCAGCUAUAGGAAAUGAUCAUGGAUACAAUAAUUCGGCGAAGGUCAUGACCCGGUUAGAAUUCCUUCUUCGGCCAAAUAUGCCUUUCGACGUGAAUGCCAGAGACAAUGACGGAGUCACUCCGUUGCAUGUCGCGUCUGCCGUGUCCGACACAAAUUCUCUGAUUUUGAUCGAGAAUGGUGCUGAAGUGCAGGCCAAAGACCGCCUCGGUCGCAGUCCCCUUCAUUUCGCUGCCAUGGCAGGAGAAAGCAACGUUGUUGGUCUACUGACGGAGAUUUAUCGUCAGCGGUCAAUUGACAUUGAUCAGCAAUGCACUGAGAGAAGAUCUGCUUUGCACCAAGCUGCCCGAUCGGGCAACUCAGAGGCUGUUCGACUUCUCCUCCAGGCCGGCGCAAAUGCUUUCCUAGCCGAUCGGCUGGGCCGGACACCAUUGCAUGCUGCCGCUGAAUUUGAAGUCAGAACACAUGCCAGGAGAAUGCAGACUCAGACCGAGUCUACCGUUGAUGAGCCAACAACUCCUAAAUCUCGCAUGGGAUUUUCCGCAAGCAAACCAAGAGAUGCUUUCUCGCGUAUGGAACUUAUUGUAUCAGACGAGUAUGAUGCUAGAUGCAUUCAAGAGGUCAUUCAAUUGCUUCUAGCUGCUAAUGCAAGCCCUGAUCAAGUCGAUACGAAUGGCCAUCGACCCUUGGAUGUGGCGGUGAUGCUUGGCUGUUCACCAGUUGUGGAUGAAUUGAAACUAUCUAUGGAGGAUACCAAAUUGCAGUCUUUGGAUCCCAUUGGCGAGUCAAUAUUGACAGUCACCGAGUCUAGAGUGCGAGAGCUUCUCGAGUCAACUCAAAUCCCCGAGGAUCGCACACUAUUCUUCGAACGGGUUUUCUCAACGGGCAACGAGCGUUUGGCGGAGGCUUUUGUUCGCAACCAGCCGAUGAAGUUGAACAACGAAGAGGAAUCUCCUUUGUGCCUUCUUGCUCGCUGGGGCUUCACGUCCAUGAUGGAGAAAUUGCUCCCCUACACGGAGGAUCUGGGAGGGUUGGUACCUUCCCUUUUGAAAUUCGCGGCGAAGCGGUCUCAUAGUAACCUCGCGAUGCUCACCCUCCUUAUCAAACACCUGCCUAAGGACGAUACAAAUUCGCUAGGUACAUUACUGGGCGAAUUCUCAGCUGGAAUGCGGUGGUGGCAUCCUCGUGCUCUGUCUCUUCUUCUGGAAGCUGGUGCCGAUCCCAAUGUUUCCCUGCCGGGUGGGCUCAAUCCACUGCUUAUCUCCCUGUCACCCUAUCGAGGAGAAGGAAGCGAGAAGAACCGUUGCUACAAAUGGGGAAAUGAGACAAUCGAUAUCCUUCUGAAGCACGGCGCAGACCCUAAUGGCGUUCCAGAGAAAGGAUGGUGGACACCUUUGGCCGCCGCCAUUCAGGGCAGAUGUGAUGUGGAGACUAUCCAGCGACUCAUCAACCAUGGUGCCGAAGUUAAUAUCGAUCGCUAUAGUUUGGUAGAUACCGCCAUCGGUCUCGAAAGUCACGAAGUUCUUGAGGUACUGUUACAAGCUGGAGCGAACCCGAAUGGUCAUGGCGAUCAAUUUCCCCUCAUUAACGCCGCAAGACGGUGGGAAACGGCCGAGCCCGCGAUGCGCUUGCUCCUUCAGUAUGGCGCAGAUCCUCUCCAUCCGACAGAAGAUGGCUCAUCCACUGUUUUUCAUGAACUGUGUUGUGGAAAUCAUCCCAUUCAACUCAUUUUGGAGUCGAGUGUAGAUCUCGACGUCACUGAUGGCUCAGGAUGCACUCCUCUCAUCAGAGCCACCAACACUGUCUGGCGGCGGAACUUUCGCCUAGCAGCAAUCGAUUUGAUCGAAGCCGGUGCCAAUGUUCAUGCCGUCGACCAUACUGGGUCUUCUGCGCUGCACUAUGCUGCAAGUUGGGGAAACCUCGAGGUCGUUCGAGCGCUUCUGAACAAAUCACUUUCUCUAUCUGCACGCAGCAACGAAGGAUUCACUCCUCUGACAACUGCUCUAAAGAGCUAUUCAACCCCAAAAUCUCAUUAUAGAAAGGAACUCUGCACAACGAUUAAUUUCCUCCUGGAUCAAGGUGCAGAUCCAUUGAGCACUCUCCCAGACGGACGAACAGCCCUCCACUGCAUCGCCGGAAUGCUCAUGAACUACAGCAACGUCGACCGGCAGCAGCAACUUGAACAAGACAACGGCGAGGACCUUUUUGCCACCGCAUCUCAGCUUUAUCAGCGGUUCCUCGAUGCAGGGUGUGAUCGCGAGGCCAGAGACAACGAGGGCAACACGCCGAUAUUCUUUUAUGCAAGCGGCCCCAAGUCUGAUAUACGCUCGAAUGUGCCUCCGCCACGUCUGUCAAACCCUGAAGACUAUAAGAAGAUGUUCUCGGAACACGAUUUUCAUAAAAUCAACUACACUGGAGACUCGCUGUUGCAUGUUAUCGCACGAAGAGAGGAGUGGCCAUGUGAUGCAGAUGUGUGUGAAGGGAUAUUCUCGGCCCUUGUGGAGUUGGGAUUGAGUCCUUGGGAGGAGAAUAGAAGUGGACAGACGGCCUUGGAUAUCGCUGCAGCUCAUGAAAAGCAGGAGAUACUAGCUUUAUUUGCUCGAGAUGAUUGA